GAAAGGGAAGUACCGCGAGGUACCUGAGGAUACCCAUACAGCAGAGAGCGAGAGUCAUACAGCAGAUGCAGGGCGAUGGUGAGGAUGAUGGUGGUGGUGGUGCAGUGAGGCCGCCCUGCUGAGAGAGAGCAGUCCCCUAGUCCAGCAGUAAUAUCACUCUAGUCGCUGAGUCUCUUUGCACUUGGGAUUGCUCGAUGUUCAACGGCUUUCGAAGUAACAAAGUUGGGCUCUUAUGCUUACUAAGGUGGUCUAACACGUGAUAUUAGUGUUCACUUAGUCAGCAAGUCAGUUCGACGUCGAGAAAGCGACGGCCAAAGGAAAAGAAAGCAAGGAGGGAAGUUUAGUUAUAGAGCUGGGACGGACAAGAGAACAAGAGAGCCAGCGUCACUCAGGCCAUAACCACCUUACUCGAGGAGAUAUCUACUCUACUUCUUUACACUUGGACUGUCCACACAUGAGCUGAUACCCCACAUACCAACACAUUCACACAAUUCACCAAAAAAGGGAAAAAACAAUAUACAAAAAACAAUAAAUAAUACCACGAUACCAUGUCUGAACGCGGCUCUUUUAGAGGAGGACAGUCUCGCGGCCGGGGUGGAGGAGGCCGGGGGGACGGACGGGGGCGUCACCAGGGCCAGCAUCGGGGAGGUCAUGGCCAGAGCCAGCGGGACGGACAGAGAGACGGACAGGGCCAGCAGCAGCAGGAGAAGCCCAAGAAGGAGAACAUCCUUGACCUGACCAAGUACAUGGACAAGGAAGUCAACGUCAAGUUCAACGGCGGCAGAGAGGUUACCGGCGUGUUGAAGGGGUAUGACCAGCUCAUGAACCUCGUGCUGGACGAUGUCAAGGAGACCAUGCGGGAUGAUAAUGAUAAUGUAACGACUCGCUCGCUGGGGCUGAUCGUGGCGAGGGGGACGUUGUUGGUGCUGCUCUCGCCGGCGGACGGGAGCGAGGAGAUUGCCAACCCUUUCGUGCAGCAGGAAGACGAAUAAAAGUACUACUACUUCGUUGAUAGCUAAUCUAACAAUCUACUCUUCAUCUACUGCAUUCAUUGAUAUUGAUAUGUAGUUGAUUCAUUCUUGAUAUAAGUACUAGCAGAGUCAAAGGCUAGAUCGGUUCCGGGCGGGUUAGAUAUAUAUAAAAACAAACAAUUGCCAUAUCCCAACUGCCAUCCAUCCACCCACUCCUCUUUCUCUCUCUACCUUACCUACCUACCAACCUGUAAAUACUUUUAGGGAAAAAAAAAGCUUUCUAGGUAGCCUAUCUCUUUCUUUACCUCCUCUUCAUCAGAGCCUGAAAGGACAUCUCAACUCCCUUCUUCAGCUCCUUGUAACUAACUACAAAACAGCUCUGCUCGUCCCGGCUGAUCAGCGUCACUUUCUCCUCGCUGCCGGCGUCAAGCUUGUUCAGACACGUCAGCACAUGGCCCAGGUCGACCACCGGUGCAUUCUGGCUGUCCACCUGGUGAAACACAUAGUCUCGAAACAGCUUCAGGAAGUACCGCUCGCCGUUCUCGGACCAGUGCCGGUCGUGGUCGUAUUCGGGCCGCUCGGUGAUGAAGUUGAGCUUGGUCAGCAGCCGGACUAGUCGCGCGUUUUCGAGUUCCCGGCUCAGAUCGUGCGUUAGCUCGUCGUCGACGUGCAGGGAUGAGUCAAAGGUCGAGAUCAGCUGCGUCGAGAUGCCGGUGAUGAACACGUCGAUGGUCCGGUCGGAGCCCUGGUUCGAGUUCGAGUUCGCAUUCUGGCUCUGGUUGGCGGCUUGGGCUUGGCCUUGGGGGUCCUUGGAUGGGCCGGCGCCUAGCAGCCACAGGACCGAGUUGUACAGUUGUGCGCUGUAGGCGCGGGAGAAGUGUUCUAGCGCCUUGGUCGGGUUGUGCGCUAACGAGCUCGCUCCAAGUGUAAGUAUUAGCUGGCCGAAGCUGACCAUGUCGUUGCUUUGUAGGUCCGCAAUGGACCGCUGCGUGUCGUGCUGCACCACGUCCAGGAUGGCACAGGCGUUCAGCCGGAUGCGGUUUUUGCCUGUCAGCAGUAUCUUACUCGCGUCGAUCACCCGUGCGGCC